AUGGACUUCAUUUGCGAUAUACAUGGAAUCUAUUGUCGAGACUGCAUGCGACACUACUAUAUCCAUGAUGUUCCCUAUUAUCUCCCCUACUGGGACAUUCGUCAACGGCUUUAUCUUGAACCUAUUCUCAUCGAUCACAUCACUAUUGUCCAAAAUGAGACUAUUAUCAACAAUACAACAACUACCAACACUACCAACAAUAACACCAGUAACAACCAUGACCAAACGCUCCAACAAGAAAGAUUACUUGCGCAACAGAAUCAAGCCAGAAUGUUGGAAAAUCAAAACCAGGAGAACGAAAUGCGCUUGCUCGAGCAGCAACAAAAUUUCAACCAACAAAAUCGACUAAUGGAACAACAGAAUCAGAUGAAAAUGUUGGAACAGCAACAACAAAACCAAUCAGCGAUGAAUGCAGCAUUUGAGGCACAGCUGAGACAGGGCAAAGAAGCAUUUGAGACUAAAAAACGCCUAGGUGAACAGUUGCUUCUGGAUGCUCAAGAACGUGAUCGAAGAUUCCAGCGGGAGCUUGCUGAUAAGGAGGACGAGGCUGCUCGUGAGAGACGCAGACAAACUGAAAUGGCGAGUGAGAAAGCGAAAGCGGCGGAUAGACAAAUGCAGGAGGCAUUUGAACGAUCAAAGAGAGACUUAGAGGAUAGAAGUAAAAAAGCCGACCAGGAAUUGAAGCAAGCUGCGGAGUUAGAACGACAAAGACUGAAUAGGGAGAAAGAGAAUUUGGAAAGUGAGAGGCGAAGACGCGAAGAUGAGGUUGAAGGACGGAGGCGAGAGAUGAAAAGGGUGGAGAAGGAAGCCGAAAAGGAAAAGCAGAGACUAGAGGAAAGAAAGCUCCAAAUUGCUAGGGAAAAUCUAGCACGAGAAGCUGAGGUCAAAGAGCGGGAGAGAGAACUACAUCUAGCUGCUGAAAAGGCUAAAUUUGAGCUUGAAAUGGCUGUGGUAAGAAAACAGGAGGGGGAGAGGGAGGCUAAGCGACAAGCAGAUCUUGAGGCCGAGAAAGCACGGCUCGAGGAAGAGAGGAGACAGAUAGCAGCGGACCGCCAAAAACAAGAGCAAAAAUUGCGAGAACAGCAACAAAAAGCUCAGCUUGAGGAUGAGAGAAGAAGGUACGAGCAAGAGACUCGAGAUCGUGAGGACCGUGAGAGAAGAGAGCGCGAAAGACAACGUGAGAUUGAGGCGCAAGUCUUGAAAGAAGCUAUGUGGAAGGACGAACAGAAGCAUAAGGCUCAACUUGAAGCUCAGAGACAGGCUUUUGAGGAAGAAAAACGCCGAAUGGCUGAGCAGAAAGCAGCUUUUGAGAGGGAGAGAGAAGACGCAAGACGUAAAGAGCUUGAGUGGCAAGAAGAGCAGCGUUAUAAAGACAAGCUUGAGCGAGAAAGAAGACAGGCUGAAGAGCAAAAUCGUCGGCGAGAAGAAGAGAGACUUGCCGAUGAGAGAAUGAGGGAGGAGGCUCGAAGAAGAGACGCUGAGCGGCAACGAGAGCAGCAAAGAAGAGCUGAGAUGGAAGCUAAGCACCGUAGAUACGAAGAGGAAAAGCGUCAACGUGAUCGCGAACACCAGGAGGCUAUGGAACGGGUUCGACAAGAUGCUGGCCGUCAGCAAAUCGAAUGGAAAGCAGAAGAGCAGCGUAGACUUGAAGCGGAAGCUGCGAAACGCAGGUACGAAGAUCAGGUCCGCCGAUUUGAAGAGGAGCAACGAGCUGCAGCUCAUCGUAGAAGAGAUGCAGAGAAUUAUGCGACAAAGAUCGAGGAUGAUAAGCAGGCUCAACGUAAGCUGCUCCAUGCUGAAACUGAACGAAUGGCGAUUGAAGACUCCAAUCAUGACCGUGAGAUGGAAGAGAUUCGGCGUAAGAGCAAAUUGCUAGAGGAAGACGGAAAACGUCAUGCGGAAGAAUUUGAAAAAGCUAUGAAGAGGGAGGAAUUCUGGAAACAAGACCGCGAGAAGACUGCUCGUGCUGAAAAUCAGCGACGACUCGAGGAAGAAAGACGGAAACUCGAUGCUGAGAAACUAAGGAUCGAAAAAGAACGGUACGAAGAGUUAGAAGCUAGACGUAGACGAGAAGAAGAAGCCCAUAAGAAGGCCAUCGAGCAAAGCGCUCGAGAGGUUGAAAAAAUUAGAAGCGAGACGAGGUCAAUUGGCUUUAACCAACUCCCAUCUCAACCACCACAGAAGCAGUUGAACGAUAAGCUUGCACAAGUAGAGGCACUCCGAGAGAAACUCGCGCAGACAAAGUUGAAAGCCUUGAAUGCUGGACAAUCUUCAAGCACCACUGCUGUCAUUUCUGAAAGUGCAGCAAGAUUGGCAGCGCUUAAGAAGAGACAAGCGAGUCUUCUCAGGGCUAAAGAGAAGGCUGCUCAGACUUCGUUGAUCUCGGAGAAAGAGAAGAGGUUGGCGGAACUCAAAGCAAAACAAGCGCAGCUAUUGAAGGCGAAAGAAGAGGCUGCCUUGAAAGCCUUGGAAUCUUCUUCUACGUCGCGAUCGAUUGAAUACCCCACUUCAUCAACGUCGGUAGAUAGAAAGCAGCUUCCUUCUUCACCACGACAGCGAGCCCUCGAAGACGCAUAUAGCAGUCCCUAUGGACAGCUUUCAGCUCCGUCGCGAAGAAGCGAACACUCAAGCCAGACUGCAUCUGCUUCAUCUCCGCAAACCAAACAACUCUCUAAGCCGGAGAAGCAGCGCGCAAUCGAAGAUGCAUACAGUAACCCGUAUGGUCUCGCGGUUGGGAAAAAAGCUUUACCCGCACCUCAGGAUGAUGGCAUAUACGGGUUGCAUAAACAGCGAGCUAUUGAAGCUCCGGAAAGCUCAGAGAAUGCUGAGAAAGGUAAAUCGAAGACUUCUACGGUGCUGGGGUUUUUGAAGAAGAUGAAGAAAUGA